AUGAGGCGCCUCAACUGCUUUGAGCUGUUCGCGUGUGCAAUGCUGCUCAUCACUGUCAAUCUCGCCGCCAGUGUUAUGGAUCCAGAGGCCACGGCGCGUGGUGCCCAUACUCCCAAGCAAGAGACUGCCAAGGGGCUGCUGAGUGCUACCGCUACCGACGGGGUAGACGAAGAAGAGCGAGCAGAUUUGUGGGCCCCGGGCUUUAAACUAGCAACCAACUGGUGCGAGCACCUGAUACUGGAACUCUGGUCCAAAAUCGAAAAAACGCAUCCUAAGAUCAGCGGCAUGGAUCAGAAACUUGAAGGACCUACGAUGGCGGAAACAGUUACGUCGGACGAAAAGACAACCUCUCUCAAGCAAACUAACCUGCAUGACAAGUACAAGGCCUUCUAUGCCACUAUUCAAAACGUCAUAGUUGGGAGGUUCGACGUUCUACAGCCAAGCGCUUUGUUUUCAGAGGACUUCAGUGGGUUCGCAUUGGAAUGCGUCAAAGGGUGGAAAGAUGAGUACAAAAGGGCUCGCGAGAGGUUUCGACUUUCCGAAGAUCAUGCCCUCUUCAAGUACUUUGCAAUGUUACAGAUUCUUCUAACUCUAAUGCCUGAGGAGCGUGUGGCAAUAUUGCUCCAGAACACCAUAGAAAAUUGUGAAGGGACCGCACGCAAGUUCGCGAAACUGGUUCAAAAUGAGCAGUUCCGCGAUUGGGAAGCGAACGGAAUGAAGGUCACCGACGUCCAAAAAAUGGACCCAUUUCGUACUCAAUUAUCGGAACACGAGAGAGGCUUCAAGGAAGGUGAGAUCGGCCCUAUUCCUGAAGACUUGAUAAAAAAAUUGACUCAGGCCUACCUUGGUAGGCUUAGAGUUCUUCGAAAAGAAAGAUUGACUCAGGCCUACCUUGGUAGGCUUAGAGUUCUUCGAAAAGGAAAUGAGCAUGAGCUUAUGCCUGAGCUCAAGAAGUAUUCGAGUUCCACGCGGAAGCGGGAAGAGCCGACUGAGCAUACGAGGUCUAAGCGGAAGAGGGAAGAGCUCAAGCUGCACACGCGUCCGACACGCAAGCAGGAAAAGCCGACUGAGCAUACGAGUUUCAAGCGGAAGAAGGAAGAUCCGACGGAGCAUUUGGGUUUCAUGCCGAAGAGGGAAGAGCCCAAGCUGCACACGGGUCCGCCACGCAAGCGGGAAGAGCCGACUGAGCAUACGAUUUUCACGCGGAAGCGGGAAGAGUCGACUUCUCCUUCUCUGUCAGUCUAG